AUGAAUCCACCGAUCGCCCCUCAGCCAGAACGUCCGAACGACCCAACGAAUCCACCGGUCGCUCCUCGACCAGAGCGUCCAAACGACCCAACGGAUCCACCAAUUGCCCCUCGACCAAAGCGUUCAAACGACCCAAUGGAUCCACCAGUCGUCCCUCGACCAGAGACAGCAGAGGGCGACCCUGGUUAUGGUGGAAAGCCGACCGAAAGAAUGCUCAAGAGCUUGGUGGGAACCCCCGAGCAUCGAGGGAAAAGCUUCCGAGAAAAAAUCACGAACAGCCGAGAAAGUCACGCAUCUCAAGGUCACACUGGCAAGGUUGUAUCAGGAAACCAAAGCAAGGAAACUCUUUCCGCUUCCUCCACCUAUCAGACAACCAAUGGAUCAAAGGGACCAAAGUAA